CACAACUGGAUAUCUUUUUGUUAGUGCCGCACCUUGAGGAGAGGCUGAUCAAUGGUCCGGUUCAUACAGGAAUACCCCAGCAUGCUCCAACACACUGAAAAAUGUAGCUAGGACAAGAGGGAAGUGUGAGAGCACAGCGUGAGGGGUGAUCUUCCAGGGUUGUGUCUGCUGGCUUGGACACACUGAGAGGGUGUGCAAGAGGUGGAUGUUUGUAUGGAUGAGUUUGACUGCAUGCAGGUUUAGCACCCUGACCUGAUGGAGAAGAGAGACAGGAAGCCUGGAUAUUUUGCAAGGCUGAAGAGGCGGAGGCAGCUCAAGCAGAGCCAGUCGGAGAAGAACGUGAAUGAGCAGAGCCCAGCGAUCAUUUCCUGUCCUGACAUCCCAAAUGACAGCGGACCCAACAAGAAGACAGACCUGCAGAGGAUAAUGGCAAAGCCACCUGCAGGCUCCGACGAUGUCUGUAAAAGUAAAAACCAGGCGAAGAGGGAGAAGAGGAGGCCACCGGGGACAGUGGAGUUCAUUGUGGGACCGAACGAUUCUCUCAACAGCGUCGCGCUCAAGUUCAAUGUCACCCCAAACAAACUGGUCCAGCUGAACAAGCUCUUCUCUCGCAGCGUCUACCCCGGUCAGAAGCUGUUUGUCCCUGACGUGAGCCAGGCAGAAAGCGGCCAGAAGUCUCCGAGUUCCUCCGAUCCCUCCUUCGCAAAUGGCUUGUCAGAGAACGCAUCACAUGACGGUAUCUCAAACUGCUUGUCAGCAAAGUCCCUCCGGCGUGAGCUCUCCCCAAACUCUGAGGACGAGAGCCCGGCAGCGGUUAAAUUCAUCAAGAUGAGCUGCAAGUAUUUCACUGAUGGCAUGGGUGUGGUGGGCGGCGUGCUGAUCGUGACGCCCAACAACAUCAUGUUUGACCCCCACAAGUCGGACCCCCUGGUGAUCGAGCACGGCUGCGAGGAGUACGGCCUGAUCUGCCCCAUGGAGGAGGUCGUCUCCGUCGCGCUGUACGACGACGUGUCGCGCAUGAAGCUCAAAGAUGCACUGCCGUCAGACCUACCCCAGGAUUUGUGUCCUGUGUACAGGCCCGGCGAGUGGGAGCAACUGCCGUCAGAGCGGGAUCUGAACCCCUUCAGCCGCUACGAAGCUCUCGAUCCAAAGCGACCAAUUGUCUUGGACGACAUCGAAUCAACCCUCUCAGAAACCGGGAGCACAGAGGGCGAGCAGACGGAGAAGUCACCGUCUGACGAAGGAUUCACAGAAUUGGAGCCAUCUGUCAACGGGAGCACCGAAGAGCCAGAGGGCAUGUCCUCAAAAACACCCAGCAUCGUCAGCAGGGACCAGCAGGAACUAGGACCGAGCUGCCCAGGCCGGGGAGACAUCCAGGACAAGUCGACACUCUGUCAAACUAAAGGGAAGCUGGAUGAUGAAGAGGAUGAGGGCGUAGCUCAGAACUGCUCCAUCGAAGAUGGAGAGUCAAUACUAUCCUCCUCAGAGACUGAAAAACAUGGUGAUAAACCUACAAACCAAGAGGUAACUGAAACCAAAGAUCUAAAACCUAAAGGGACCGGACAGCUGCUAAACGGUGCACAUGAUAAAACAAUCGGCGCACCAAUGGACCAAAACAGGAAGCUGAGCCUGAAGGAGGCUUCGGCGGUCUGUGAGAACUCUAGUCCGAAGCGACAAAGCCCAGACAGACCAGCAGGGGGAGCCGAACACAGUGAGGAGGAGAAACAGAGGAAGAGCUAUGAGGCAGAGGUGAAGUCCUGGCUGCUGGAGAGGAUGCAGGCUCCAAUAGAAGACAUGCUUUUGUCAUCAGAGGAGAAGAGUAAAAACCCGCCUAUGUUCCUGUGCUUCAAAGUGGGAAAGCCAAUGAGGAAGUCCUUCGCCUCUGGUAUGACCUCAAGUCCCGCCCACUCAUUUGGGGGGCGGGGUAAGCAGCCGGAGUACUGGUUUGCUGUGCCACAAGAAAGGGUGGACCAUCUGUACGCGUUCUUCGUCCAAUGGUCUCCAGACGUGUAUGGGAAGGAGGCUCGGGAGCAGGGCUUUGUUGUGGUGGAGAAAGACGAGCUGGACAUGAUAGACAACUUCUUCAGCGACCCUGCAUCUUGCAGCUGGGAGAUCAUCACCAUUGAUGAGGCUAAGCGCAGGCAGAGUUUCGGCAGCUGUGACGGAGACUUGUCUUUGGACGUGCUGCCCGCGCUCAGUGAUGCCAGCGAUCUGCUGCAGGACACGCACAUCGAGAAGCUUGCCUGCCGCUUGCCGGCCCGUGUGCAGGGUUACCCCUGGAGACUGGCUUACAGCACUGUGAAACAUGGGACCAGUCUGAAGACUCUGUACAGGAGCCUGGCAGACGUGGACAGUCCUGUGCUGCUGGUCAUCAAAGACAUGGAUAACCAGAUAUUUGGGGCGUUCUCGACUCAUCCCUUCAGAGUCAGUGAACACUGCUACGGCACAGGAGAGACUUUCCUCUACAGCUUCUGUCCCGAGAUCAAGGUGUACCGCUGGACGGGGGAGAAUUCGUACUUCGUGAAGGGCAACACGGAUUCUCUGCAGAUGGGAGGAGGGGGUGGUCAGCUGGGUCUGUGGCUGGACGCCGAGCUGUACCGAGGCACCACCACCAAGUGCGCCACCUUCAACAACCAGCCACUCUCCGCCCAGCAGGACUUCAACAUCCACAGUCUGGAAGUCUGGACCUUUGAGUAGCCUCACGUGCUUCAGCUACUUCUACAUCCGCUCUCCGCUCCAAACCUUCAAACACCCCCAAGUCUAUUACGCACCACUUGGAGGCAACUCUAGCGACCCCACAACGACACUACACGUUCUGUGAGAGGAGAAGGAAAGCAGCCUGCGCAGUUGUUGCUGAGAGCAGAACAGGUAGUCUUCUGUAGCGUGUUUUGAGGUGGGUUUGACCUGCAGGUAGGUUGGCCAGUCUUACGCCUGGUUCAUCCUUCAGUUAAAGCCAUCAGUUCAUUGGCUGCCUUAGACAUCCGACGACGCCUCCAGCUUUCUUGGCCUUAGCACCAUAAGCUUCUGAGGAGAGAGAGAAGAGGAAGGCUGCUAAUGUUUCUGUCGAGGUUAAUCCCAAUAAGAGCUGAUUUUUUUAAGUGUGUUUUGAAAGAAGUGUCCCAUGAUGCUGUAGGUUAAUCUGUAUGGAAAUAACGGUUGAUGUAAUUUGUAUGUUUGGUAAUGUACAGGAUUAUGAACCGAAGCUGUUUG